UAAAGGGGCAAGUGAUUUAUGUCACGUGUAGUAAAAUAUAUAUCUUGAUAAGAAUUCGUUUAACAUGUCAAUUAAAAUUAAUUUUUGUAUAAAAUUCGAAAGAAAAUUACAAUAAAACCACAUACCACUCUAAAGUACGAUUGGAAGAUAGAUGGGUUAACGUAAAAAAAACCUAGAUGUAACCAGACUCAAGGUUUUGUGACUUUUCAGACGUACGCAUACUCUUCAGUUUUAUGCUUUUUGAUGGUGAAGGGGUGAAUAAUAUUCACUACAUUGCUCAGUCAUUGUAUUACACAGCAGGGAAGUCCAAUGGUUAAAAGUGCUCAAAUGUGCAAGAUUUGACAAGUCACAACAGUACUGUACUACAGUACCUGCCUUGGACAGCUCUUGCCAUUGUUUUGCACCGUAGCUCACCGAUAACCAUAGCAUAUUAUGCAGGGAUCGUCUAUUGCGUUUAAAAUAAACAACAUCGCAGCAUGCAUAAAGCUCCUGGUUGCACUAGCCGCUUUAUUUCUGCGCUUUUUUACUUGGGCUCCAACAUAACAAGCAGGUCCACGCUUUUUCCGAAGCGAUCCCAGUGUGCGUAGCAAGUGACGAAGCCCUAUCGCAACGACGUCGGCACGCCACAUCCUGCCAAGGGAAAGAGGGAAAAAAGGAGGAGGAGAGCAGCGGAAGAUGGCGACCUCAAACAAUCCGCGGAAAUUCAGCGAGAAGAUCGCUUUGCAUAACCAGAAGCAGGCCGAGGAGACGGCGGCCUUCGAGGAAGUGAUGAAGGACCUGAGCAUCACCCGGGCGGCGCGGUUGCAGUUACAGAAGACCCAGUAUUUGCAGUUAGGGCAGAACCGUGGACAGUACUAUGGAGGAUCGUUGCCCAAUGUUAAUCAGAUUGGAAACAGCAACAUUGACCUACCCUUUCAGACUCCAUUCCAGACUUCAGGCUUGGACACGAGCCGUACGACUCGGCACCACGGCUUGGUGGAUCGGGUGUACCGCGAUCGCAAUCGGAUCACCUCGCCACACCGGCGGCCCCUAUCUGUGGACAAACACGGCCGCCAGAUUGACAGCUGUCCCUAUGGAUCAGUGUACCUGUCUCCUCCGCCUGACACGAGCUGGAGAAGAACCAAUUCGGACUCGGCCUUGCACCAGAGCACGAUGAACCCUACUCCCCAGGACAGCUUUGUGGGGGGCUCACAGGAGCUUCAGCCCAAGCGAGUGCUCCUGCUCACAGUUCCGGGGACAGAGGACUCCGCAGAAUCUGAGGUGGAUAAAAACAUCCAGAAGCAGAUCUGGGAUAAGAAGAACCUGUCGCCAAGGCCCAAAUCCUGUGAGGUGCCGGGGAUAAACAUUUUUCCAUCGCCUGACCAGGAGAUGACCACCUCCUUAAUCCCAGCCACACACAACACUGGCGGCUCUCUGCCUGACUUGACCAACAUCCAGUUUCCCCCGCCGCUGCCCACCCCACUGGACCCCGAGGACACCUCCUCCUUCCCAGUGCUCAGCACCUCCAGCAGCACCAGUAACCUGGCCACCAACCUCACCCACCUGGGCAUCAGUGUCGUCAGCCACGGAAUCAGCGGCUCCCAGCCCAGCAUGACGGGGACGGCCCAGCGCAAGCAGCAGAGCGUGGUUCCCUUAGCGCUGAACGCAGAGGCACAGAGCCAGCAAUCCCCACAGCAGCUCUCCCCCACCCUCUCGCCCCCCGUCACCGUGGCUCAGGCCGUGACGAUGGAUGCGCUGACCCUGGAUCAGCAGCUGUCUCAGUACCCCUUCUUCAGUCAGCUGUCGUCGCAGGCGUUGGCGCAGGUGGUCAGCGACCUGCAGCAGCGGGCCCCCCAGCAGCCGCAGCAGAACAUGCGGCUGGUGCAGCUGCCACCGCUGUCUGUGAGCACAGCCUCCAGUCUGCCCCAGGCCUCCCCCGGCAGCCAGACGCCCACUACCGUCGCCAUCGACAUUAACUCUACUUCUUCCCUCCAGCAGUACCGCAGUCAGGCCGGCUCUCCCGCCAACCAGUCUCCAACCUCCCCUGUCUCCAAUCAAGGCUUCUCUCCCGGCGGCUCGCCUCAACACACUUCUGCUGUGGGCAGCAUCUUCGGCGACUCCUUCUACGACCAGCAGCUGACAUCCAGGCAGACCACUGCCCUCUCCCACCAGCUUGAGCAGUUCAACAUGAUUGAGAGUCCCAUCAGCUCCAACAGCCUGUACAGCCAGUGCUCCACCCUGAACUACACCCAAGCAGCCAUGAUGGGAUUGACAGGUAGCCACGGCAACCUGCAGGACUCCCAGCAGCUCAGUUACAGUAGCCAUGGCAACAUUCCCAACAUUAUUCUCACAGUUACUGGAGAGUCACCACCCAGCCUGUCCAAGGAGCUCACCAGCUCCCUGGCCGGUGUCGGUGAUGUCAGCUUUGAUGCCGACUCUCAGUUCCCGUUGGACGAGCUGAAGAUCGAUCCUCUCACACUCGACGGACUGCACAUGCUCAACGACCCAGACAUGGUCCUCACCGACCCCGCCACGGAAGAUACUUUCCGGAUGGAUAGGCUGUAGACGCAGGACUGCAGGCCGCAGUGUUAAGUACCUGGAGAGUUUGGGGAGAGGAGGGUUGGGCCGUGUAACUGCCUGCUUGCACAUCAGCCCUGCCUCUCUCUGCAGUUCCCACCAUUUCCUGUUAUGACCCUUUUGAUGGGCUGAGGGAAAAAAUAUAUAUACAAACCAGAAGGGAAAAGAGUCCCGUAAUGUCCAGUAAAACGAAGCUUGUCUUUCUGAGCUUGUGAAUUCAUCUGUGUUAUUUAUAUGCCUGCCAUACGUUUCUCUGCAUUUGACAGACUUUAAUCAGUUGUCAAGUUUUGUACCAUAGAGACGUUGAGUUCACUGAUUUUAGAAUCAACAUUUUAAGCUAAGAAAAACAACAAAAGUGGGCUGGUUUAAUUUAAUUUCCGUUUUGUAUAUUUUCCAUUACGUCACCUUUUUUAUUUUACGCCAAUGUUCAGCUUGACUGUUCACCUUAUGGCUUUGCUCCCUGUGUUUUGUGUGUGUAAUUAUUUUUCCCUGUCUUGAAUGUGGUCAGUUUUGACAGUCUGAUUUUCUUGAUUGCGGGCAGUUAUCAUGUUAUAUAUUAAAAAUGCCAUUGUCCCCCCCCCUUCUGUAAAUUGACCAGCAUUCACUGCCUGUUUUGGUUCCCUGCCAAAGUUUUAAUACUGGCUUUUAUGUCCCUGUUGUCAUUUUUCUAUUUAUUUUUUUAUUUUUAUUUUUUUUGAGGUUAAGGAGUAUUAAUCCUCCCAAUACCAAAUGAAAGUUUUUGUUGCAGUCGGGGUAUUUCUUGGUGCCCUGAAAGGUAACAGUCCAUCAGCUUACAUCUCACGUCGCCUGAUUAAUUAAGUAUUCAUACUUUGUUGUGAAAGCUGACAUAGUUAAUCAACGUCACUGACAUAGUUUAAGGAUAUAGUCACGUGGUAUGGCGCCCUCUGUUAGUAGUAUUGAGCAUUUUUAAUUGUACAUACUUCAUAGUGAUGAGAAAUUUGUCCAUGUUGGUUCUUUGUUUACAUGGUGUUGGUCCUGCUGUUUAAUUUGUGCGCAGAAACGAUCCCGCCUCGUUUGAUAUUCGAUAAGGCGUGUCCCCCGCUGCAGGCCUGCUCUGCAGUGAAUUUGUGUGCAGAAACGAUUUCGCCUCCUUUAACAUUCGAUGAGGCACGUCCCCUACUGCAGGCCUGCUCUGCAGUGAAUUUGUGUGCAGAAACGAUCCCGCCUCCUUUAACAUUCGAUGAGGCACGUCCCCUGCUGCAGGCCUGCUCUGCAGUGAAUUUGUGUGCAGAAACGAUCCCGCCUCCUUUAACAUUCGAUGAGGCACGUUCCCUUGCUGCAGGCCUGCUCUGCAGUGAAUUUGUGUGCAGAAACGAUCCCGCCUCCUUUAACAUUCGAUGAGGCACGUCCCCUACUGCAGGCCUGCUCUGCAGUGAAUUUGUGCGCAGAAACGAUCCCGCCUCCUUUAACAUUCGAUGAGGCACGUCCCCUGCUGCAGGCCUGCUCUGCAGUGAAUUUGCCACCCGGAAGCUGGUGGGCCUCCACAGCUUCCUGGAUUUCUUCUGUGUUUGUGUAUCUGCUAUUCUUUGACUGAAGGGCCGCAGGCCGAUAAUGCGAGAAGACAGGAACGGCUGGCGGCGAUGAACUCAUCACUGUGAGAUCACCUGAUUUUGCCUUACAUGAAUGAGAUGCUGUUUUCAAGUGUCUGGUACUUAAUGUGAAAAUGUAUUUUUCCUAAUGUCUCUGUUUUUGGCUUUUUAUAGAUUUUUUUAAAUAUGUAUAUUGACCGAUGUAUUUGUGGCAAUGUAGUUUAAAAGCUUGAUUAUUUGUAACUUCUUGAGCAUUGUGGCGUCCAUAACAUUCAGGAUCCUCAGCGCACGCAAGGGCGGGCGGAUUACUACUCCUUAAAGUGCUGGAUGUUGGUGUUAGAUCAUGCGUUUCUGUUGCUUAUGUAUGUAUUUAUGUAUGUAUUUAUUUAUUUAUGUAUUUAUUAUUAUUAUUUAUGCUGUCUCUCCCUCACUACGUGCAUGGUUUCCACCCGGCGGUCGGUCCCAGCAGUGUCGCGUGCGCUCUGCCUGUGUACGGUGUUCCCCCCGAGCUCCUAUUGGCUGUGCAAAACGACUAAAUUCACCGUACUGCGCAUGCAUUCGAGAUUCCUAUGCAAGACAAAUUAAACAGUUCACUAUGAUGUAACACGCAGAACAACGUGGUAUUAGAAAUAUUUUGCAAACAUAUAAUUUUAUUGGAGCGCAACUGCAGUAUCUUCCAUUACUGUGACAUUUAGGUUACUGGACAUUAAACGUUAUGAGUCAGUACAGGCGCCUUACAGAUAUUACAUUAACUGCAUUUUUUUGACUGGCAAAAUGGAAGCUUGUAUAUUCUGUAUAUAACUUUUUAAACGUGCAUGAUAAAUAUAGGGCAUUUGGAAAAUUACCUUUAUUAAAGUUGGUUUGUUGGAUUAAAUUCUCAAGGGGGGAGCUGCUGAUUUUUAAUUCAAGACCCUAUAGUGUGAAUCGUGCUCCUGGCACAGCGUUCAGAUGGAAAUAUAUUUACUGUUCCGACACUCAUUUGUAUCUCCCGGGUUGUAUCAGUAACGAACCAAUACAAUUUAAUUUAACGACGACGGAAUUCAAUUAGGAACCAUUUAUCCUCUGUCCCUAACCCUGCUGAGGUUUUUCUUAUUUGCUUGUGGCUCCUUUACUUAAUUCUCACGAGCGGCCACUUCCCUGUAAUUCGUGGAGCAAAAAGCUUGUCAUUUGUGCCAUUUUAAUCCUGCCCUCAUACACAGGGUUUCGCCUCCCUUCUCUCGCUCAUAUUAGCCUUUAUUGGAAAGAAAGACGAUACCUGCACUUCGUGAUGGACUUGUAUAUUCUCUGCAACAGAGGUGAUGUCUCCUUCAUCGGCUCCCAGUGUGAACCCGCUGGUGACUUUGCAGUCCUGGUUAGGCUUUUGGGAGCUGUCGUAUCUCAGUGCACACAUGAAAGGGCUCCUAACUAGUGCAGCUCGUUCGUGCUGGACGUGGGCUCGGCAUCCGUGUUUAAAGGUAUGUGUAGGUGAGUUUACAGCGCAGCUCCGCAUGCAUAGGAAGCGGCGAUCACCUGUCGCCAGAGGUAUGCGCUGUGGCUUUUCCAUUCAAUCCUGAUGAUCGAGACGGAGCUCCUUUCAGCCUUGGCAAACUGUGAUGUAAAAUAUUUCCUAAAAUCCAGACGGGUGUUGUUUAUUAUUAUUAUUGUUAUUUGUAACGUGUUUGCAGCAUAACCUUGACAUUUAUCGUUGUGAGGGUGUCCUGGCUUUGGAAAUGAAAUACAGACCUCUAAGUUAAAAUCGGGGUGGAGGGAGAUUUUCUUUCAAUAUUUCCCAUUACGCAGAUCUGUGUGUGGUUGUCCUGCUUUUUUAAUCUUUAUUUUGUUCAUCAGCUCAGCGACCUUAAACACAGCGGUGUUUCUGAGUCUAUGAAGGCAUUUGUGUCCCCUUUUCCCUCCUGUGCGCUAUAUGACACCCUUCUGAAUCUCAGUACGUUCUUUUUUUUUUUUUAACCUUUCACAGUAAUGUAAGAUUUGCGACCAUUUAAUAUUAUACUGGAAAACUUUACCCUUUUGCAGUCCAGUACUGUAAUGAUUUUAUAUAUUUUUUCCCAUCUUGGGAUGCCAUAUUUUCAAGUGAACUUAGCUUGUGAGUUUUUGUUUUAAAUGCCAGUAUAAGAUCCUGAUCUGUAUUAACGUGCUGGAGGAAUGUAUGGACGAUGGUGGACUGUUGAAUGCAGCUUUUCUCCGUAAUUUCUGCAUAAAGUAACUUACCGCGGGUUGUGUUUGAGCUGCACUGCAAUGUUAACAUGCAUGUCAAUCAGUCCCUGUCACUUACGUUCUUCUAUUAACAGUUUUUAAGACUUCUGCAUGUUACCGAGUCCAGUGGCAAAAUUAUAAUCGCUGCUUGAAAGGGGUUUAAUAUCCACACCUAGAAAACUGACAGGUAUGUAAGGAAUGUUUUUAGACCUUUUAAUCUGUCUUUAAACCACUUUUCAAAAUGGCAACAUGUUUAUAUGCAAGGGGAAAUUUGUCUAAUACUCUCUGUUACAUUUUCUUUACAGUGUCAGUCCUUCACUUAGGAGGGGUGGGGCUGUGAUACUGGGUCUGCUAGGGUUGUGUUGGGGGAGUUUCUGUUAAAUAUUGUUUCAUCUUCAUACAGAUGUUUAAUCUGCAUGAACUUUUGUUUUUUUGUCCUUGUUUUAAGCAUGGUUUAAUAAGAGACCUACUGUGGCAUUACGGUGUUAAUUGGACUAAUUUGUAACUUGUUUUCUUUGUGUUGGUUUCAACAUUGUUGACUAUUGCUGUCUUUAUGAACUUGGCAAACAUGUAAUUCAGCUACAAAAAUAGGAAUGACUCUCUUGAUAUAAUAUUUAUUUGCACAUAUGUUUGUGUGUUGCAGUUAACAUUCCGAUGUCUGCAGUCGAUCUUGCAUGGGUUUAUCCAGGUUUGUGUUCAAAUAAGUCAGAAGAUUAAACUGAAUAGUUCUUAUGUUAAUGUAGAGAGACUACUGGUGGGAUUUCCUAAACAAAAAUCCAUGAAUGAAGGUGAACUUUGGUUGAAAAAUAUGUGCAGCCCUCCCAGAUUCGAAUACCCAAUAUUUCAAAUAUUCUAACAUAUUUUUCUGUAUUUGUGUUCUGUUUCUUUGUUCAGUGUUUCUCUGUGCUGUUUAAAAAGCUUUAUACCAGACAGAGUAUUUAUGAAGAGUGAGGAGUUUCUCAUUUUUCUGUGCAAAGAUUAAUUAAAACAUUUGAAUGUCAAUAGAGAUGCAUCCUCUAAAACCAAAACCGGUCAAUUGCAAUAUUUUCACUUUUAGGAAAAUGCCUUUUUGUCUAAAAAUUAAAUGGCACUUGGAAGCUGUUUGUAUGUCAGAACUGGCUGUCGUUGGUACACAAUCGGCCCAGUAAACAAAACAUCCUUUCGGUUUCCGGGCUCCACAAACCCUACAUAUAACUUAGCGAGUCGUAGCUUUAAUCAUUGUUUAUUUCUGUGAAGAACAUUUCAGGUCUGUUCAUAAAUUGCUGUUUUUUUUCCAAUAAAAUUAAGACAUAGGAGGUGAUUGGUUAGCGAGUGAAUUAGUGCUCAAGUUUCCUUCAAGCUGGGAAUGAGCAGCUUUGUUUAAGGUUAAUAAAGAGACUUAACCUGACCGGUUACCCACAUGUGCCCCUGUUUAAACGCUUUACCCUGGGUUGUAUAAACAUUUCAACUGGAAGCUAUGCAAAUCAUAACAGCACCUGCUAAGCAAUUAGGUUUGUUUAUUACCGAGUCAGGGGCUUCAACUUGGAUGACUCUUGUCGUCCUUAACUUAAUGAUAUUGUUUUCGUUGUAGAAGUGUUGUUGCCUUACAUCCUACUAUACCUGCCUGGUGCUCAGACAAGGUAAAGGUCAAGUUUGAGGCUAGUAAAGGAAUAUUCUUUAUUUAUUUUAAUAUUUUUUUAUUAUUGUCAAGCCGUCCACGGUCCCGGCUCUGGCCCACAGGAAGGCCUGUUGCUUGGUGUUCGGCCUGCUUGUCUGCACUUGUGCUGUGACAUUGUGCUUAAAGACUAAUGCAGUGUUACCUGCCGAAGCUGUUAUGUGUGUGGGGGGGGGGGAUGUGUCCCUUAAUCUGUUCUAUUGUUCGAUUUCUCCCUAAACGUGAUAUUUUUGCAUAUUAUGAUGUAUAUAAAGAAUAAGCCAACAUGGUGAAUUCCCCAGGAAAGAUAGUAGCUAUUUUGGAUAAAAAUUAUAUAUGGUUAUAUUCAUCAGUAGUGGAACUGAAUACCGACGUAUCUCUUGAUUGCAGAAUGUGUUUGGGUCAUUAUGUUUCAAUAUAAAUUUGUGCUAGUUAGCUUCUAAUGAUAACAGCCUCUAAGCGUAACAUACAGCCAUUUGUUUUUGGAGUAUUUUGCAGAAAUAUGGAUGAAACUGAAAAUCGCGGCUUUUAGUGUCAUGGAUUUCGGGGGGGGGGGCUUCAUUGCAACCAGGUCUACUGAAAUGGCCGCAGGAAAUAUCGAGCAGUUGUAAGAGUUCCAAUUUUCAGGCAGUCUUAAAGACGGCUACCCCCCAGUUAUAGGAAGGUCAUGGUUUAAGACAUUCUGCAUGAUGUCAUGCUUUACUUUCAGGUGUCAUUUUAUGAUUUUCUCGUCUUUGUUUACCGCUUUGUACCAUUCUCUUCCGGAUUGUAAUUAUUCCCACUUCAUGGAAAACUCUUGGGAAUGAUUCGCUUUGCAAGGUUAUUUUCCUUUUGGUGUUUUGGGUGCGAGAAGUGUCCCGUUAAAGGUGUGCGAUGAGGACGGCAGUGCGGAUAUGCCGCUUUGCUGUCCCUCCCAAAGCCCCUCUAACAGCCAGGCCACGCCCGAAAGGCACGGCCGGCCGCUCUUCAUGCUGAACGUAUACAACUGGAUAGCCAAAGCUUAAAGCCCAGCCCAUGCAUGCUUCACAGGAUGAUGUCACUUAGAAACAAAGUUUACUUUUCACCGUCUGCAUUCAUGAAGCUGUUUGACCGUUGAAGCUGAAGGCCAGGGGACCUGUGCUCACGGCUUCCCGUCUUCGCUUGCGGCUGCAUAUAUAAACGCGCAUUUCAUUUGUGUUGCUUUUGAUUUCUGUAAAUAUGAAGAAGAAACACUAACAGUGCCACCUGUGUAUGUGUAUAACCUGAGGCCCAAAAGCCUGAUCUGACCACCUUCUCUGGCUGAAAAUACCACAUAAGAUAUAAAGCAGUUUCAUGGUAGGACUUUGCUAUGUUUUUUUUCUUUUUUCUUUUUCUUUUUAAUUUAAGCAUUCGCUGUGUUCUGUAACUAUAGAGUGCAUGUCCUAUAUGCUACCCAACCUCCUAGCAAGGAUUUUAAUGGGGGAUUUGAGGCAACAACAGACAUGAACAUCAAACACUAUUGAUCUCUGCUUCAGUCCUCCAAGUCCUCGCUCUACCGUUGCGUCCAAAGUCUGUUUAAUUCGGUGCCGCAGAAGGACACACAAACGAUGAAACGGAUCGAUCGUAACUCAAAGCUUAACAGAACUGGAAAUAAAGUAUCAAUGUUGCAAAAAAAGGUUCUUUAAUUGAAAUUCACUGACACAAGGCAAUGGUGACCAGUGUUAAUCCUAAAGGAGAUUUGACUCCCUGGGGUCUCUCAUCCAGUGGCAGCUAUAUCGUACGAUUCCUCGUCUGACUUGCGCUUCGGUGUCGCGUAGCGCUCCGGAGCUGCUCCCGGAGCCGCUCCCAGAGCCGCUCCCAUUCACUGAACGGUCCAUUCUUAUCAAAUAUGCAAAACUCUGAUGUUAGCAACACGGCUCGCUCAUCCAGGUAGGUCUGCAGAGCUGCCCCUUUAAGACAGAAUUAUUCUGCUUUGAAUUAUAAGCUUUUUAUAUUGACAAGUAUGAAAAGAGGAACCAGUCACUGGCUAUAGGUAUGUGCGAGUAACAGAGGCAUUGCAGUGGUACCUUUUGAAGUACAUUUCGUGUGUGAAGGCUUCUGUCUUUGUAAACGCAUUACUAUUUGUAAAUUAAAUGUAAUAAAAAUGAGAUUGACAAACCCA